AUGGGGAAGAAGAAGACCGAAGCCGAGGCUCCGAAAGUUGAGGAGCCAAAAAAGGAUGACACAAAUCACGAGGAGGAAGACGAACCUUUGGUCAAGGAGUUGAAGGAUUUGGACGACCAAUACCUGGCCAUCGAGAAGGAAUACGAGAAAGCCGUGCAGGAGCUGCAGAAGCAGUAUACCCAAAAGCAGCAGCCUUUCCUGGAUGCCAGGACAAAGGUACUGCAAAGCCUGGAAACAGCACCAGAGGAGGCCAAAGACAAAGGAACUCCUGCCCUGAAGGAUUUUUGGAAGCAGGCCAUGAAGAAUCUGCCUGCACUUGAAGACCAUAUCGAGGAGUGGGAUGAGCCGGUGCUGGAGUACUGCAAAGAUAUCACCAAGUCCUGGCUUGACGAGUCGGACUUGGCCAAGGGCUUCAGAUUGCAUUUCCACUUUGUGGAGAACCCUUACUUCACCAACACCGAGUUGUCCAAGGAGUACUAUGUGAAGGAAGAGAACCCAUACACAGGGGAGAUGAGUGCCAAAGAGAUCAAGGCCACCAUCAUUGAGUGGAAACCUGGGAAGGAUGUGACCGUGGAAAAGGUGACCAAGAAGGUCAAGGGUGGAGGUGCCAAGAAGGCCAAGCAGAAGGGCAAGGAGAAGGAGGAACCCAGGGACUCCUUCUUCCGUGGCUUCUUUCGCAACCUGAAAGAAGGUGGACAUAUCCCGGAUGAUAUCAACUUGGAGGAAGCCAGAGAGUUGGUGGAUGACGACGAUGAGGACGAUGACGAGCACAUGCUCGAGCUGCUGAUGGAGAACGACUACGAGAUGGGUUGCUGCAUCAGAGACAGCCUCGUGCCCUUCGCAAUACGCUGGUACACCGGGGAGGCUUGUCCAGACGACGGCUACGACGAGGACGAUGAUGAAGAGGAGGAUUCCGAAGAAGAGGACGAUGACGACGAUGACGACGACGAUGACUCGCCUCCCAAGGGAAAGAAGUACCACCCGCCGGCAAGAGGGAAGGCUGGCAAGAAAGAUGCCCCUGGCGGCGAG